AUGACAGAUAACUGCAGUAGUGCGUCCCACCGCCAGCAGAGGGCGCUGUGUUCUCUUCCUGCUCCUUCUUCCGGGGCUGAGAUCGUAAACAAAGCGGCUCGGUGGAGUAGUGCUCUAUCCAAAGCUCCAGUCCUCUCUGCCCCUCUCUGCCCCUCUCUCCCCGGACAGAGCGUCAUCAUGGCCGCAGAGCUUCACGCACAGAUCGCGUCUAUCGUGGAGGUUCUGGCGAACGCCGCGGUGUCUGAGAUCUGUAAAGCCGUGGAGGACGGCUACACCGCGGUCAACCUGGAGAUGUCCCGUAGUGUCCGGGAGAACGAGUGUCUGCGGAGGAGGGUCCGGCUGCUGGAGCUCCAGGUGUCACGGUACCGAGCAGAGCAGCGGCUGAAGGCGACUGAGGCUCCGGGAACAGGGCGCCUCCUCCCCGGGGGAAGGGCUCUGCAGGCUCACGGCUCCAGUCUCCAGAACCGGACCAGGUUCUUAAACCGGCCUCAGUCCAAGUCUCAGGACCAGGACCAGGACCAGGAGGACCAGGACCAGGACCAGGAGGCCGUCACCACCAAAACAGAGGCUGCAGAGAGAGACGAAGACAGCGACAUCAUCAUCGUCAAAGUGGAGAGCAGGGCUUCGUACCAAGUCGACAAAAACCCUCCAACAUCUACGGCCCAAACAUGUGACACCCAGGCCCAGUCCAGCAGCCAAUCAGAGCUCUCCGCAGGAACCCAGGCCCCGCCCCUGUCCGGCUCCGUCUGCGAGAAAGAACUCAGAUUCUCCCACACUCAGAACGCUUCAUCGAAAGACGCCAUUUUGGGGUUUUGCGACGUCUUAACCGCCGCUAACCAGCCUCAAGCUAACCAGCCUCAAGCUAACCAGCCUCAAGCUAACACACAAUCAAACUCAAACCCGUCCAACCCUCACUGUGAGAACCCGAAAGCCUUUCAGAGGACUUUCCACAAGCCGCUGGGCAUAGACACUCCCAAGACCAAAAGGUUCCUCUGCUCCAAAUGUCCGAGAAGGUUUGAGCACGAGCUGGAGCUGUUUGUGCACCUGAAGAACCACGCCCGGCAGAAGGAGGCGUGUGGCAUCUGCGGGAAAGCCUUCGCCUGCAGGAGUCAGCUGAAGGUGCACCAGAACGUCCACACAGGAGAGAGACCCUUCCAGUGCUCCGUCUGCCACACGCCCUUCUCUCACCCCAGUAACCUGCUGCGGCACCUGAAGAGGAAGCACCAGACUUUGGGAGCGGUGUUGGAGGUGGUGGGAAAGAACUGA